AUGUGCGAUCACGAGUUUGUCAGUUCGCAAUUAACACCUCAAUACGGACGAUUCUAUUCGCCACGUUACCCAUCAUCUUAUCCGAAAAACAUUAGAUGCUCUUAUCUAUUUCGAGCUAGACUCAAGGAGAGGAUUCAAAUAGUAUUCGAGGAGAUUUCUCUACAAAAAGGUGACCUAAGUUGCCUGAAUAGAGCAGAUUUAAUCAGGGUUCACGACGGAACGGAUUCAGGAACGCCCACAAUAGCUGUGCUUUGCAACCAAGGUGCAGAAGUAGAAGUACUCAGCACAGGGACAGACCUUUACGUCGAGUUUGUUGCUAAUUCCGAGUGGCCUGGCCAAGGCUUCAAGGCGAAGUUUGAAUUUCAGCCAUUAGACGAUUCGCCUCAUUCCGGUUUGUAA